AUGAGUACUACUACUUGCUACUCUGCGCCAGCCAUCCCCGGCGCCGGUGAUGAAGUGGUUACUGCAGUGGCAUCCGAAGCCGAAGAAGCAGCAGCAUCAGAUGGCCAGUCGAGGAAGAACCUGAGCCUGUACGCCAACCUAUCUGCAGCUGAGAUCAUCGACUCCCUGCCCAUGGAGACGCGGUUCCCGGUGCCCCAUCGCCAGUACGGGGGCUUCUGGAAAGCCGAGUUCUUGCUCAAGGGCAUGGUGUUAGAAUCCAGUGAUGCUACCACAGAAUUGAGUGGCGACUGCAAAGCAAAAUCGGACCCAUGA